AUGAGUAGCAUUGAUAUAUUUACUUAUGUCAAUCAAUUAUUAACUUCUGUUGUAUUUUCUAUAGACAAUAAAAUUGGAGCAACUGUCUUUACUGCUUUACAUUCAUCUAGUAAUAACCCAUCAAUCAAAAUGUAUUUACAAUAUCUAGAAGAGUAUUAUGGAAUAAAUGAAGAUGAAACUAAAUUAAUUAAUGAAUGUCUUGAAAGAAAUGAUUAUAAACAAUUAAAUAGUUUAAAUCCAUUAUUAUUUCAUGAAGUUAUAAAACAAUCAUCAUCUGAAACAAAAGAAGAAAUUCUUUUAAAUAGUCAACAAUUUAAAAAAGAAGAUAUAAGUUGUAUUCAAACGAUUUGCCAAAAUGAAGUAUUAAAUAAAAAAGUCAAUGAACAGCAAAAGAAAGUUAAUAAUAUUCAACAGGCUUUAAUGAUUCUAAAAGAUGAAGUUGUAAAAACACAACUUAAAAUUAGUUAUAAUCUUAAUGAACAAAUUCAAACACAAACAUUACCUGAACCUAAUAUUCCUGAAAGUCGUAAUAUCUUUAUAUUUCAAAUUUUUAAUUCAGGUGAUGACCAAAAAAGGAUUGAAGAAUUAAAGAAUCAAAGAAUUCAACAAUUAAAAAAUUCAUUAAAAGAUUUAUAUGUUGUUGACUUUUGGGAAGGAUACGGCUCUGGACUACUUCCUAAAAUAAUAUUAGUGGUCAUCGAAGAAUUAACAACCGAAACAAAAAAAGAUAUUGAAUCAGUUCAUUCUCUUUAUCCUUCAUCAAAAAUUUAUCUUAUAUAUUUGUAUAAAAAAAAUAAAAUACAACACAUUGAAUCUAAUCAAAUUUCGUUACACUUUGACAUCCAAAAGAAAGAAGGUUUAUUUGAGCUUGAUAAUUCUUUUCUUCAAAUGGCUAUUCACUGUUUUAAUUAA